UUUGGUUUUCUGUGUGAAUUUAGGUUAUAUUUAAAUUCUAAGAAAACGAAAGCUUACUGGCUUUUGAUCAUUGGUCUACUUAUACAAUGGACUCUCCACCACCAAGGCCUCUUCCCACCGAGACGCCCAAUGCCGGUGGGAAUGAAUUCGAUGAUCUAGAUGACCUUUUCGAUUACGAUGCUGGAGAUGCAAAUGAUCCUUUCAGCGACAAUUACGUGGUUCCUGGGAGUAAAGAAAAAGAAACAACCAAGACCUCAGAAAGCAAUACCAAAAGCGGUGCAGGACUUGGCAUUGAUGAAGAAAUUCAGGUUACCAAAAAGCCUAGAGUCCCUAGAGUGAAACUUGAUGAGCACAAACUUUUGUCUUCUGCAGGAAUACCAAAACUACGGAAAAAAGCGGCAGAUCAUUUGAAGUUUAAGGGUAAAGGCCAUGAGUAUUCAGAUGCAGCUCGUCUCCUUGCGUUCUACCAACUUUGGCUCGAUGAUCUAUUCCCAAAAGCCAAAUUUGGUGACGCAUUAGCUAUGGUGGAAAAGCUGGGUCACAAAAAAAUGAUACAAUCUGCGAGAAUGGACUGGAUCAAUGAGGGGAAAGCUAAGUCAUCGGUCCAUGAAGAUUCCCUAUUUGAUGAACCAGAACUUCCUCCACGCGAUGAAAAUGAACGAGAGAAAACAGUCUCGAGGAUAGCACCGAUAUUCGAAAAUGCAGCAAGUGAAAGACCCAAAACACCAGUUCCAAAUCAAGAUCCGGACUUCGAUGAUAUGUAUGAUUCUACUCCGAAGAAUGCGCGACAAAACCCAGCUAUACAGUCUACUUCAGUCUUUGGUGGUGGUAACGAUAGUAUAUUUGGUCCUCCGAAAGUUACCACAGCUGGGGAUGAUGGACCGCCAGACGAUGAUCUGGAGGCAUUACUUGCAGAAGCAGAACAGGAAGGGGGCGAUGAGGAAAUGUUAGAUGAAGAUCUCGAAGCGUUGCUUGCCGGAGAUAACGAUAAUACACAUCCUAGUCGACCUGCAAAACAAGAUACAGGAAAAUCUAAACAAGCGGAAGAUGAUGAUUUGGAUGCUAUGGAAGCUAUGAUGGAUAUGGAUGGGGGAUGGUAAACAGGUUGCGGCUGGCGUUAGGGUGUACAAUGGCAGCAUUAUGAGGCGUUGGGGUGAACUAUUUUGUAUGAAACUUUUUAAUUCGGAAUUAUAUUCCAAUGAGAUGAUGCUCUUCAUAGUCUAAGUAGCCUACUAAAUCAC